GGCAGUUUAUAUUCCCAUAGUAUCUUUAUUUUGGGACACCAGGAAAAAAAAACGCAGCUCAUGACAACGAGAGGAGCGACCAACCAGGCGUAAAGCUAAUAAAAAAAUCAUCUGGCUACGAUCCGAUUCUAAAUUGGCCUCAACCGGGAAACCGAACACCUUUACUCGCAGGUUUUUCUUCUCCCUCUGACGCACACAGAUCAACCCCACGGCUAAUGUUUUUUUUUUUUUUUUUUUUUUUUUUUUUUUUUAACUGCUCUGUCGUGACCGGAUCGAUGCAAAUGUCACACGAUUCACUGGCUACUGCCAGACUUUGGCACGAAAACGUCAAUGUUUUGGCCGCCUUGGCGUGAGAUUCGCCGUGUGCCGUCCUCCCGUCGCUCCGGAGGCGCUCCGCUGAGAGAGCCGAGGCUCCGUGGGGCUGGUUUCAGCACCUGGACAGCUCCCCUCUCGCAGGGUUCCCCGCUGCGCACACCGGGGAAGCCCUCGGCUGGGGAGCGCAACCCGGACCUCUAACUCCGCUCCCCUCGUCCAUCACAGGGACCCUUUGCGUCGAUCCUUGUGACUGCACUUAAGAAAAGCUAACAUGGCUCUUGCCGGAUGACGAGGCUUCAUGCACUCGAGCUGCAGCCUCUGUUUGGUUUUGCACCGAAAUCCGCGCAGCGCAAGGGAGAAGCGAAAGCAGCGGCGGUGCUCGUCCAGUGCAAAGUGCAGAGGAUUGCUGCUGCUGCUGCUGCUGCUUCACUCGCUGUGAUCACCACCGAGGGAGACAUUACUUUCUGCUGGGGAGCAACGGGAGGCACAGUUAUGCAUCAACAAUGGAAAUCUUUCACAGGUUCAGCAUGAAAGCAGGAUCUCUCAGGUGGAAAGGUGAACUGCAGCUCUAAAACAGGCGGAGGAGAGAGGAGAUCCAGUGGAGAGACCCCACUGCCUCACCGCUUCCCUUCUUAAUCACCCGUCAUUAUGGCUAAUGCUGAAGAAGUGGAACAGGCAGGUCUGUCAGAUUUGGAGAUCAUCUCCCAGCCGGUGGAGGAUGAGAACCAGCGCCUGGCUCCUCCGGUCCAGCUGGUGAGCUUUGGCUACAGAGAUCUGCCCCUCGCAGCUCUGGACCUCUCCCUGGCCGGCUCUCAGCUGCUCUCCAAUGCAGACGAGGAUGAAAACAGGGAAGGGUCCAACUGGCUGAAGCCUUGCUGUGGGCGUCGAGUAGCUCUGUGGCAGGUCUGCCUGCUCAGUGCUGGCUUCAACUGUGUGCUGGUGGCCUGCGUUAUUCUGGUGGUGCUUUUUCUGUCUUUGGAGUUGCUCAUAGACACCAAACUAUUACAAUUUUCCAAUGCGUUCCAAUUCGCCACCAUUAUCCACUGGAUCAGCCUUAUCAUCCUGUCGCUUUUCUUUUCAGAGACUGUCUUCAGGAUUGUAGUGCUCGGGAUCUGGGAUUACAUCGAAAACAAAGUGGAGGUAUUUGAUGGUGCUGUCAUUGUGCUUUCACUGGCCCCAAUGGUGGCCUCCACAGUGGCCAAUGGGCCCAGCAGCCCCUGGGACGCCAUCAGCCUCAUCAUCACCCUGCGCAUUUGGAGGGUCAAGAGGAUCAUUGAUGCGUAUGUCCUGCAAGUCAAAGUUGAGAUGGAGCUGGAGAUCCAGCAGUGUGAGAAGACGAAGGCUGUGAGGGAAGAGCAGCUGGAGCGUCUCACCCAGAUCUGUCAGGAGCAGGCUUUUGAGAUCCGGCAGCUGCGGGCACAUCUGGCCCAGCAGGACCUGGACCUCGCAGCAGAGCGUGAAGCAGCUAUGCAGAUCCACCAUGCUUGGGGCAAACAGGGCAGGAGCUUCCAGGUUGUCGAAGGUUUGACGCCUGGGGAGUCAGACGACGAGAGUGGGCAGAGGAACCCCAGGGAGCCACACGCUAACACAGAUGCUGUGGUGCGGGACGACAUGAACAACUACAUUAGCCAAUAUUACAGUGAAGCCAGCAGUGAUACUGGAGCAUCAGGCCCAGGGGCCCGGGUCAUCACCACGGCAGCCAUCGACGUCCACCUCCCUAACAGUACCAACUCCAUCCAGUCAAAUCCGAAGCUUGCCAUGGAGCGGGUGGGCAGCGCCGUGAGCGACGCUUCCACCAGCGUAUCGCAGUCCAGCGGCAGCCUGACGGUGCGCCCUCACAGCCUGAGCAGCCACACCCCGGGCUCAUCCAUGACAGACUGCAGCAGCAGCAGCGCCGCUCCGGACGUCAGCCUGAGCUCCCGUCGCUGCUGCCCUCCUUCCUUCUCAGGCCAGGAGCCCUGCAGGGACCCCAGUGCUGUGGUGCAGGAGCUGCUCUCCUCCCUCUCAGAAGACUCUUGCCUCGCGCAGAAGGGCCUGGCAGUAGACCCCGUCAACCUUAAGCUUCCCAGCCCCACCGGCUCGGAAAAUGGCAGCCCGGAGCUGGACAAUAGAAUAAACCUGUUCAAUCGCAGGAACCAGGAGGAGAGGCGAGGCCGGGGACGAGGGUGCGUCCUGCUGCAGACGAAGCCACUCAUCCACCUGCAAGGCAGCGCUACUGAGCCGUCCCUAGAGGAGAAGUACAGACUGCUAGGCCCGGCCGACUCUUCGGGGCACACGCCUGACACAUAAGCUACAUUUACACUGAAACAGAAGCGUUUCAUUUCCUUUUUACUGCCAUCUUGUUUGGCACACGUGUAAUCUUUUGUGACUGGUCCAUCCUUCAGGGAUGACCUGCAUAAAAGUCAAAAACUGGGUUUUAUCUGUUGCUUUUUUAAAGCCAUUCCUAGCCAAUUAAAAGUAAGCUUGAGUCGCAGCUUUCAGCUAACGCUGUUUUCCAUUUUUGUUCCUUCAAAAUAGAAAGCAGAAUAAGAGGUUUUAGUCAAGGCCCUUUGUAAAUCUCUUCGGUCUUAUUGGUUUCCUCUUAAUGGGUUUUUGAGAUUAAAAGAAUGGCCAGGUAUAGCACAACAGAGACUAAACCACAGGGAAUCUAAUGUGUUUUCCGACACAUUCAUCAUCAGGAAAUCUCCCUUUGCAGAGGUCAGAAAUGCACUGAACAUCAACAAGAAUUGAAACCAGCAAAGGUCAACUCAAGCCUAUACUGAACAAAAAAAA